CAGCCUAUUGACUGGUGUAACCAGUAGUGUUUCUUCAGUCGAUUCACUCCUUGACAUUUAACGGUCUUGUCUACUCUGCUGUUUGAAUAAACCCGAGACGCAUAUUUUCUAGAUUGAUUAAAAACACAUUGCUUGAAAUCAAAUCUGAGUAUUUUUUGUCGAAGCAAGCCUGAUUCUACAUUUCCUUUUAUUGUAUCUAAUUAAUUCAAACUGUAGGUUAUUUAGUAUUAAUUUUAAGACAACAUGAAGACGAAAUUCAUCAACGGGGUGUCAUCCUCCCCUUCUAUGUCGUUGGGUUUGUUGAUCACUGAAAACGCACUUGAGGUGCAGCCAGAUACUGAGGAUGAAUGCAAGGACAUCAUCCGGCCGGAUGAGCCCGACCUGGACACGAAGCGCAAGGCAUAUUUAUGGUGCAAAGAAUUUCUCCACGGUGCGUGGAAAACGGUGACAGAAGAGGACUUUCAAAUCAGCUUAAUAAGAGGUGGCCUCAGCAACAAGCUCUUCCUCUGCGCCCUGCCCGACACCCAAACCAGUGUAGUUGAUGAACCCCGUAACGUCCUCCUGCGCCUGUAUGGAGCUAUUCUACAGAUGUCCUGUAAUAAGGGGGAGCCCAGACAGUCAAACAAAGAAAAUCUCUUUCAAGGUGCUGAGGCCAUGGUGCUGGAGAGUGUGAUGUUUGCCAUUCUGGCAGAGCGGGAGCUUGGGCCCAAACUCUAUGGCAUCUUCCCCCAGGGCAGACUGGAGCAGUUUGUCCCUAGUCGCAAAUUGGACACAGAUGAGCUGAGCAUGCCAAGCAUAUCUGCUGAAAUAGCUGAGAAGAUGGCCAAGUUCCAUGGUAUGAGGAUGCCUUUCAACAAGGAGCCCAAAUGGCUGUUUGGAACUAUCGACAAGUACCUGAACCAGGUGAUGAGACUAACCUUCACCAGGGAGUCACACAUUCGCAAGUUUGCCCGUCUGAGGAGCUAUAAUCUGCCCCAGGAGAUGGAGAGUCUCAAAUCUUUGCUGGACUCCACUCACUCCCCUGUUGUUUUCUGCCACAAUGACUGUCAAGAGGGAAAUGUCCUGCUCCUCAGUGGUCGUGAGGGCUCUGACGGACAGAAGCUCAUGCUGAUUGACUUUGAAUACAGCAGUUAUAACUACAGGGGAUUCGACAUAGGAAACCACUUCUGUGAAUGGAUGUAUGACUACACAAAUGACAAGUUCCCAUUUUUCCAUGUCAACUCAAAGAAUUAUCCCACUAAAGCCCAACAGCUGCAUUUCAUUGGAAGCUACCUGUCAGAGACUGACCAGGGAUUUCAGAAUCUGAGCACUGAAGAUCAGAUUAAACUCAAAGAGGAGCUGUUUGUGGAAGUCAACAGGUUUGCUCUGGCUUCGCACUUCUUCUGGGGUCUGUGGUCGAUGAUUCAGGCGAGAAUCUCCACCAUUGAGUUUGGGUACAUGGAGUAUGCCAUGGCCAGGUUUGAUGCAUACUUUGAGCAGAAGCGGAGCCUGGGUGUCUAAGUGAGGGACCACAUAUAGUAACAAGGAGGUGGAAGAUGAAUGGAUUAAUAUUGCUUUACCUGAAAUGAAUGCAGACAGGGUGUAGGGCCAUGCUUAAUGGUGACCCCCUGCUUUGGGAAUGAAAUGCUCACUACAGUUGUUAUUGCAUGGACCAAAGUGAAACCAUGAAUAUCUGGUUUGGUGUUAAAUUAUGCCCCAUGCAUUGCUGCUCAGUAUUUACACAAUAUUAAGCUCCUAAUAUUACACAUACUCACAGGGCACAGUUGGUUCUUGGCUUGUCUUUUCAACAAAAUAUCAGAAAGAUUAAGACGGGAUAAAAAUCUUCAUUCUGAAAGGAGGUCUGAGUUACAUCUCUGGGAAGUCUAUUACUGUUUGGAAAUGUACUGGGAUAGUGGAAAAGAAAGGAAGUCUCAAUGACCCUUGCUAAUUGAAAAGCCAGUAAUCUGUGACCUAACUGUGAUAAGCCAAAUGGCCAUGUUGACUCAGUGUCUCAACUUCAAUUGAUUAUGUUUGGUUCUUUGCAUCCAUACUCAGUUUUCCUCCAUUCUUUAUCAACUGAAAUUCCUCUAAAAUGACUUGUAUAUGGAAAUAUCUAGAACCGCCAAUGAGAUGGGAGCAUCCCUGGCCAACAGCAUUUUUUUCUACCUGCAGUACUGUGAAUAUAAUGUGCAAAAUGUGACCUGAAAUACACUAGCGAAGGUAACCUCACAACUCUACUCUGUACUUACUCUUACUUUACACAGUCCCCAGAAAUGGUUUCAGCUCUGAAUAUGUCAUUGAACCAGUAAUGAUAUUUAUACAGAUAUAUUCAUCAAGAACACAUUGGAUAAUACAUUGGUAAGGAAAUGGCAAGCAGCAAGGCUUGCUAUUCAGCUGGGUUAAGCAGUUGUAGAUGAAGUUGUGAGAAGAACUCUUAGCAAGGUGUUACAAAAAUCCUCAUGUAGAGGUUUUGAAUGUUUAUAAUGAUAUCUUUAGAAUAUGUUUGGGAACUGGAAAUAUUUACUUGACUUUUUUUCCAAUUCAUAACCGAACUGUGAGAAUUAUUGAUGUUUUAUAUAUGUAUUUGUAUUCUGUAUUUCAUCAUAUUUGUUUUAUGUAAAAAUGUUUAUUUCAUCUUGUUACAAUGUUAUUGAGACCGUUAUGAGCCUUCACUUUGAAAUGUCAUCGUUAUGUAUAAUGUCAGUGUCACUUUUUUUCGUCACUUCUUCCCAAUGCUUGGAUGCAAUUAGCCUAGGGACGAGGUUAGUGGCACUUUCCUGACCCAGUUUAUUUUUUAAGAUAAACUUUUUCUAUUUUUUCCUCAAAUGAAAUAAGUAUUUUUCAUAAUAAGAAAGUUGUCUCUUUCCUAUGAAAUAUGUCUCACUCCUGUUUUCUCCACACCUCCUACAGAAUUGUGUGAUCAACUACAUUCCAUUCUCAUGUAUAUGUAUAUAUUUGUAUAUACCUUACACCUCUCUUUCAUGCUAUAUUAUUCGUUUGAGACAAAAUAAGAAUUGACCCAACUGUUUUCAAAUGUAAUUGACAGUGUCACAUUCAAAUUUCUGAGUACAUCCUUGGUGUAUUUCAUGUCUUGCCAUCCAAUACAGUGAUCAAAUAAAAUGUACAUGUAAUUGAUUAUCAAACAUGGUAAGAAGGAGCUCCUCUACAUUACACUGAAUAUUGUUGAUAAUGUAUAUUGUAUACUUAUAGAUAGUUGAGUUGAGUGUCCAAAUUUGUUUAUGCUGUGAAAGGAACCCAACUACUCUAUUUUGUGCAAACAUUUAGCCUUGCUUAGCUAUACAGGUAUGCAAAUACUAUAAAAGAAGAAACGAUGUACUGUAUAAAAUAGUACGGGUUAAGUGCUUUGUAAAUGUACCACUAUUGCAAGUGCAUACAUUUACUGUACCUUCUACUGCAUUGUAUAAAUACUACAGCAAAGAGAAAAUGUGUAUUCUUGCAUCUGGAUUCAAUGAAAAUAUUUUACAACA